AUGUUGCUCCAAUAUUUCCUCAUAAUAUCUUCAGUCUACUGUGUUGUGAUUCAUCGUAACUUUCCUGACAGUUGGAACCUCGACGAUCACAGUAGUCCUUUGCAAAGAGAAGACUGGAGAAAUGCCUUCGAAAGAGGAUUCAAGGAUUUUUGCAGAGGUCGCGGCGGGGCAGAAAAUUUGACGUACGAAGUCUCACAGCCACUCUUCAAUCUCCUCAAAAGACAUGUGGAUGGAUAUUCAAACACAACCGUGUUUCGUGGGUAUUACUAUCGCGUAGGAUUCGGGUAUAAUCCAAUCUAUUACCUUGAUUAUUAUCCAAAUGCGUUUGCGAACUAUAUCUCCAGACAUACACACGAAGACGCAAAUUAUACCUGCCAGGUAGAGCGAGUUUGUCAUCAUAGGCAAUAA